CCCGGCAGCCCUAGCAUCCUCCCGUCGCUCCUCAAGAUGGCGGCCGACAGUGAGCCCGAGUCCGAGGUAUUUGAGAUCACGGACUUCACCACUGCCUCGGAAUGGGAAAGGUUUAUUUCAAAAGUUGAAGAAGUCUUGAAUGACUGGAAACUGAUUGGAAACUCUUUGGGAAAGCCACUUGAAAAGGGUAUAUUUACUUCUGGCACAUGGGAAGAAAAGUCAGAUGAAAUUGCCUUUGCUGACUUCAAGUUCUCAGUCACUCAUCAUUAUCUUGUACAAGAGUCCAGUGAUAAAGAAGGAAAGGAAGAAUUAUUAGAAGAUGUUAUUCCACAAUCUAUGCAAGAUUUGCUGUGCAUGAACAAUGACUUUCCUCCAAGAGCGCAUUGCCUGGUAAGAUGGUAUGGACUGCGUGAAUUUGUGGUGAUUGCUCCUGCUGCAAAUAGCGACGCUGUUCUCAGUGAAUCUAAGUGCAGUCUUCUUCUGAGUUCUGUUUCUAUUGCUUUGGGAAACACUGGCUGUCAGGUGCCACUCUUCGUGCAAAUACAUCACAAAUGGCGGAGAAUGUAUGUGGGCGAGUGUCAGGGCCCUGGUGUCCGAACUGAUUUUGAAAUGGUUCAUCUUCGAAAAGUGCCAAAUCAGUACACUCACUUGUCAGGUCUGCUGGAUAUCUUCAAAUCAAAGAUUGGUUGUCCUUUAACUCCAUUGCCGCCAGUUAGUAUUGCUAUUCGAUUUACCUAUGUACUUCAGGAUUGGCAGCAAUAUUUUUGGCCUCAGCAACCUCCAGAUAUAGAUGCCCUUGUCGGAGGAGAAGUCGGAGGCCUGGAAUUUGGCAAGUUACCAUUUGGUGCCUGUGAAGAUCCUAUUAGUGAACUCCAUUUAGCAACGACAUGGCCUCACCUGACUGAAGGGAUAAUUGUGGAUAAUGAUGUUUAUUCUGAUUUGGAUCCUAUUCAAGCUCCCCAUUGGUCUGUUAGAGUCCGAAAAGCUGAUAAUCCUCAAUGUUUGCUAGGUGAUUUUGUCAGUGAAUUUUUUAAAAUUUGCCGCCGAAAGGAGUCAACUGAUGAGAUUCUUGGACGAUCCACAUUUGAGGAAGAAGGAAGAGAAAUUACUGAUAUAACUCAUGCUUUGUCAAAGUUGACAGAGCCAGCACCGGUUCCAAUUCAUAAAUUAUCAGUUUCAAAUAUGGUACAUACUGCAAAAAAGAAAAUACAAAAACACAGAGGCGGGGAAGAGUCACCACUGAAUAAUGAUGUCCUCAAUACUGUUCUCUUGUUCUUAUUUCCUGAUGCUGCGUCUGAGAAACCACUAGAUGCAGCUGCUUCAACAGACAACAAUAAUCCUCCAUCAGAGAGUGAAGAAUAUAAUCUCUACAAUCAGUUCAAAUCUGCACCAUCUGACAGUUUAACAUACAAAUUGGCUUUGUGUCUUUGUAUGAUCAAUUUCUACCAUGGAGGGUUAAAAGGAGUGGCACACCUCUGGCAGGAAUUUGUUCUUGAAAUGCGUUUCAGAUGGGAAAACAAUUUUCUGAUUCCAGGAUUAGCAAGUGGACCCCCAGAUCUAAGAUGUUGUUUAUUACAUCAGAAACUACAGAUGUUAAAUUGCUGUAUUGAAAGAAAGAAGGCACGUGAUGACGGGAAGAAGACCAGUACCUCAGAUAACAUGACUAAUACAUAUCCAGGGAAUGCUGGAAAAGCUAGAGACCAGUUGGGGUCAGAUAAUCCGAAAGAUACAGAUAAGGAAAAGGGAGAGGUGGGAAAAUCUUGGGAUUCCUGGAGUGACAGCGAAGAAGAAUUUUUUGAAUGCCUAAGUGAUACCGAAGAACUUAAGGGAAAUGGACAAGAGAGUGGCAAGAAAGGAGGACCUAAGGAGAUGGUAAAUUUAAAGCCAGAAGGACGUCUCCUUCAGCAUGGGAAGCUCACACUGCUGCAUAAUGGAGAGCCUCUCUACAUUCCAGUAACCCAGGAACCAGCACCUAUGACAGAAGACCUGCUAGAAGAGCAGUCUGAGGUUUUAGCUAAAUUAGGCACGUCGGCAGAAGGGGCUCACCUCCGCGCUCGCAUGCAGAGUGCCUGUUUGCUCUCAGAUAUGGAGUCUUUCAAGGCAGCUAACCCAGGUUGUUUCCUGGAAGAUUUUGUGAGGUGGUAUUCUCCCCGGGACUAUAUUGAAGAGGAGGUGAUUGAUGAAAAGGGCAAUGUGGUCUUGAAAGGAGAACUGAGUGCCCGAAUGAAGAUUCCAAGCAAUAUGUGGGUAGAGGCCUGGGAAACAGCUAAGCCAAUUCCUGCUAGAAGACAGAGGAGACUCUUUGAUGAUACACGGGAAGCAGAAAAGGUACUGCACUACCUGGCAGUCCAGAAACCUGCAGACCUUGCUCGGCACCUGUUACCUUGUGUAAUUCAUGCAGCUGUUCUCAAGGUAAAAGAAGAAGAAAGUCUGGAGAACAUUUCUUCAGUUAAGAAGAUUAUAAAGCAGAUAAUAUCCCAUUCCAGUAAAGUUUUGCACUUCCCCAAUCCAGAAGACAAGAAGUUGGAAGAAAUCAUCCUUCAGAUUACUAUUGUGGAAGCUACAAUUGCUAGAGCCCGAUCACUGAAAGCCAAGUUUGGAACUGAGAAAUGUGAACAAGAGGAGGAAAGGGAAGAUUUGGAAAGGUUUGUGAGUUGCCUUUUGGAGCAGCCUGAAGUGUUAGUCGUCGGUGCAGGACAAGGACAUGCUGGCAGGAUCGUUCACAAGCUGUUUGUGAAUGCACAAAGGGCUGCAACCAUGGCUCCACCAGAGGAGGAUUUGAAGAGAAUGGGCUCCCCAGAAGAAAGAAGGCAGAACUCUUCGUCAGAUUUCCCACCCCCUGCUGGCCGGGAGCUUAUUUUGCGCACCACUGUGCCCCGCCCUGCUCCUUACUCCAAAGCUCUGCCCCAGCGGAUGUACAGUGUUCUCACCAAAGAGGACUUCAGACUUGCCGGUGCCUUUUCAUCAGAUACCUCCUUCUUCUAAUGCUUUUAGUGUUACCUCAUUCGUGGCUUCAGAGACAGUGCUGCCUCCUUCUGUGGGAGGGAGGGUAUGCUAGUCAGAACCUGAGAGUCACGGAGAGGGCCCUGUCCAGUCAAAUGAGUAGGAAUCUUACCAGCAUCUGAAAGACUUUCCAGCACCAAGCUUGGGCUCUGUUAUAUCUUGAUGAGGGCAGAGGAAAUGAGUUGAGCUAUCAAGAGAUGUCUGCCCCUUGUAUGUGGUGGGGAAAAAACAACAGUAGGUCUCUGUACUCAGUCUGGUGGGAUAGUGUUUAUUUUUAUUUUUUUUCAUGACUAGCCUCUAGGUUAUUGCCUUGGAUUCAUAGUCUGUGUAAACACUUAAUGGUUAUAUUUAUUAUUAUCAAGUAUGCAAAAUAGAGCGUAGCUUCUAUUCCCAGAACCUGUGUUUUUAAAAUACUGAAUGACAUUCUGUUUAUUCAAUCACCUGGUGGUCAUCUUUAUUGUACUAAUGAACUUUUGAUGAGCAUUUUGAAUAUUCUAGAGGAAAGUAUAGAAUUUCAUAUAGCUUGUGUUUUACCACGUAAUUGUGACCUAAAUGUAUUCCUCUCAUAAAACUGUGUAUUAAAAGCCACUGUAAAUUAAUUUUAUAUAUAUCUUGUAAGAUUUAUUUUCUCGUUUUGUCAUGUAUGGUAUCAGUUUGCAAAUUGUUCUUCUCUUGCUGUACAGCAUGCAUUUCUUUCAUGUUGCUGUCAGUGCUGUAUUUAAUGAAGUAGAGAUGAGCACAUGCUAAAAAUACAGCCUUGGUGCUUAGAGAUUAUCAUGCAGUUAGUAUAAUUUGGUAUGUGUGCUAAUGUAAUGAGUAGAGGAUUUUUUUAGUGUACUAUUUUGCUUUUGUAUUUUAGUUAAAAUGAAAAUAAUCCAGAGGGACAUGUAGCACCCAAUAUAAAGAUAACAGCAACAUAUUUCUAGUUAUGUGAGAAUCAAGAUUUAUUACUAAGUCUUUAUUGCUAUAUGGCCUGUGUUUGGUAAUCUUGAAUCUAUUUUUUUGGCCUAAAAUUCCCACUUUAAUCCAAAGUUAAAAAGGUCAUACUGAAGCAUAAACCUUGCCUAUGUAACUUUAAAGAAUUAAUAGAGCUGUGUAAACUGUGUAUUAUAUUAUUUUUGUAAAAUUAAAAAUGUAUAUAUAUAUAUAUAUAUGUAUGUGUGUUUGUGAAGUAGGGGAGGCCCUGGUUGGUUACUUCCUGGCCUUUACAGUGCUUUUCUCCGAGAUGCUGGUCUUUAUUACAAGUGGUAAACCAUAUGGGUGCAGGCCUGAGAAUUGAGUGCUGUACCAAGUGCUGGAAGAAAUUGAAGCGCAAGUAGAAGAUGUAUCUUUCAAGGACAGAGUUUCUCUGCUUUCUAAUGAGAAAGUUAAUAAAAAAGACAAAAUAUACAAAGGAGAGAUUGGACUUUAAAAUGGCUUUGUAAAUCUAAUAAAAAAGAGAGUAUUGCUUUCUGUGGCUGAUUUUCUCUUCUUUUCUCCCCUCUGAUGGGCAUUUCAGUCUUAAUUCACUUAGUUUUGUGCUGUCUCAGAUCUUCCUAAGUGUUUGCAACCUGCUGAAUCUUGCAAAACAGAGGCCUCAAGAACACUUUCUUUGUGCCUUUCUAAUGGCAACUACCCUUUUUUACUUUCCUUAUAGUUAUGUGUUUAUUUUACAUUAUAGUUAUAUGUUUGUUUUAUUUUACAGACAUUUUUAAAUGCCUACUUUGUUUCAGGUACAAAGUGAAGAAUAAAUUAAAGUACAUGCUGUCCUUUCAGUGACCUCCCUGCCAGGCAGGGAAGACUAACAUGACUUUGCCGUAAAUUGCAGUACAGCCAACCCAGUUCUUUGAACUGGAGGUCCAACAUUUAUCAUAUAGACUCAUUCAGUCAUUCAUUGACAAGAGAGAAUAAUAAAUGUAAUAAUAGUGUAAGGUGUUAUGGGAGAUGUUUUUCACAUAGGCUUUGGAAAAUCAGGCUGAUGGAAAAUCAUCCCAAAGGAGGUAAUUUUUAGAUUGAGACCAGAAGAUGAGUAGGAGCUGACAAAGGGGUGAGGAAGUAUAGUAAGUUGUUCACUAAGAAGAAUGCCAAUAAUUCCUCCCAUUUCCCGUUCCUAUAAGCUUGCCCCAUUCAUUGUGACUGCAGCUGCUGCCAUGUCUGUCUUUGGUCAAUGGGACAUGAGCAAAUGUGACACGAGCAGAGAUUUGAAAAGUACAUUGGGACUUGGCGUCUUCCUACUAGGAAACUUGAGACCAGCGUGUGAAGAAGUCUUCUGAAACAUGAGAGAGCUGGAUGGUUUGUUAGGCAGUAAAAGCUAACUGAUACAGGAGGAGAUAGGAAGAGUAUUACAGGUAGAGAAAACAAUGAAUAAAAACCCAGAAACGAGAACGUGUGGUAUAUUUGGGGAAUAGCCAGUGUUUCAAAUUGGCUGGAGUGUGGAACCCGCAGGAAACAAAGAUGAUGAGGUAAACUCAGGCAGAUCAGGAAGUUCUGUGUAAGCCACAGCAAUAACUUCAGGCUUUAUCUUCAGGGCACUAGUGAGUUCUUGAAGUAUUUUAAGUAGGGAAUUAAUAUGGUGGAUUGUGGAAUGGGCACACUGUAGUAGGGCAAAUGGAGAGGCUAAGAAAGUAUAUGCAUGUCCUAGAUACUGUACUAAAUUGUAAACUUGGAAGGUAGCAAUUAUAUCGUCAGUGUUUUUCUAUCCUCCUAUGUGUUCUGUCCUGUGAUCCAAAGAGCCUGACAAAUGUUUGUGGAAUCAGCAUGAAAAUGCCCUCCUUCUGGGGCUCUUCAAACACAUAUCCAUUCUUAUCCACCAUCAUAAUUCAGAUUUUUCUUCAGGUUGAAAUUUUUUAAACCCUCAGCAUUUAUGUUUGUAUCUCAUUCAUUAGUCCAGCAAAUAUUUAUUGAACACUUACUAUCUGCCAGGUACUGUUACAGGCACUGGAGAUACAUCCAUGAACAAAACAGACAAAAGACCUUGCCCUCAUGGAGAUUGCAUUAAGGGACACCAAGUAUAAAUCAUUAUGUAAGGGAAGGGAGAGUGCUUUUUAUCAAUUUUAUUAUUAUUUUUUAGGUAGGAAAAACUUUACUUAAAAGAAUUAUUGCAAGAUGGGGAAAGGGGACUAUUGUAAUAAGAAAGGAACUAUUGUAAGAGUCUUAGGUCAUAAGAUCUGCCAAGCGUCUCAAAGGUCAUGCUGGAAAGGGCUUUUCCUUUUUUAAAAUCUUUUAUUUAAAUUUUAUUUUGUUGUUGAGA